AUGUCAAAUGAAACAGCGUCUAUGAGAGAAAUACAACACAACCGACAACUCAUUAUGCAAGCUCUAAAUAAGAACACAACAAACCUUUCAAACUAUUCUAAGAUAUCUGAGUCAUUGAAAGAAGGAAACUUAAAACUGACAUUAAACCCUUUAACAGAUGAGUUUCUAUUUCAAGACAAGAAGAACAAUACUGUCUGUAUAAAUCCAACAAAAGGAACUUUAAACGAGAAACCUAUAAAUGAACUUCUUUUGAAAGCAGAUGUUGACAACAAAGCUGACAAAGAAUAUGUAGACGAUGCAAUAGCAAAAGAAGAAGAAAGAGCUAACAAUGCUUAUGCAACAAAAGAACAUACUCAUCCUGAACUAGCAGACAAAACAUAUGUUGACAAUAAAAUGUCAAGUGAAGUGACAAGAGCUGAAAACGAAUAUUCUAAAAAGACUCAUAUACAUUAUAUUAACCAAAUACCAAGUCUUAAGGAAACAUUAGAGACAAAAGCAGAUAAGACUCAUACGCAUUCUAUAUCUGAUAUUACAAACUUACAAGAAACCUUAAACAGGAAAAGUGACGUUGGACAUACACAUUCUAUAUCUGAUAUUACAAACUUACAAGAAACCUUAAACAGGAAAAGUGCCGUUGGACAUACACAUACCAUUGCAAAUAUUACAAACUUACAAGAAACCUUAAACAGGAAAAGUGACGUUGGACAUACACAUUCUAUAUCUGAUAUUACAAACUUACAAGAAACCUUAAACAGGAAAAGUGACGUUGGACAUACACAUACAUCUUCUGAAAUAACAGACUUAAACGUUAGCCUUGAAAAGAAAGCAGAUAAAACAUAUGUCAAUGAAAUAUACCAAAGUUUGAUAGGAACAAAAAAUAUUGAAACUAUUGUUGGUGACUUUUCUGUCAAUGAAGAAAAUAAAUAUUUUAGAUGGCAGUUGGUACAGUCCUUAAAAAAUGGUACACGGCAUAAACUCAUUCCGAAAAAUAACAAUGAAAUGUAUGUAAGCUAUAAAAAGAAUGAUGGUACACAAGUUAAAGUUCCAUUAGACAACAACUGCUACUUAAACUUAUAUGGAGACGAACAAAAGAAAUAUUUAAGAGUUUAUGAAAUGGCAGAUAUGACAUUGCCUGACCCAGCUCCAGCACCACAUUAUUAUGACUAUGGAGAUGACGACAGAACACCACGUGUAGAUGAACAAAAGCUAACAUUAUAUUUAGAUUAUUAUAGAUAUAAAAGAUAUAAUGCAAUAGAAAAAACGAGAAUAGUAUAUUAUUAUACAGAUGACAGAAAUAAAUAUUAUAGUCAAAAUUUUACCUACCCUGAAAACAUAAGAUUAUAUUAUAAAAAAUAUUCUGACACAAACCAGAAGAAACCUGAAAUAGCUGCACUAUAUUUUAAGUUCAAAAAAGACAAUCCUAUAAUAUCUCAUAUGUUUGAUUUAAUGAACCCAGUAGGUUCUAUUUAUACAUCUAUGGAUGCAAGAGGUCCUCAAGUAAUGUUUGGUGUUGGUGCAUGGGAACAAAUAGUCGACAGGUUUUUGUAUUGUGCAAACUCUUCAAAGGAAACAGGUGGAAGUAAAACAAUUUCAGGUGAAAAUUUACCUGCACACGGUCAUUACAUAGAUUUAAGUACAUCUCAAGCAGGUUGGCAUAAGCAUAGAUAUUGGGAUUGGUCAGGAAUGACAAAAGGUAAAGGAUAUGAUGUUAAAGACGAGGUUAAGUUUGCUAUAAAUUGUUACUGGAGUGACACUCAGGGAGAAGGAAACCAUACACAUUUCGUUUCAGGAUAUACACAAACAACGGGACAAAGUAAAGAAUACAUGCCACCUUACAUGACAGUUUACGCAUGGUAUAGAAUUGCUUAG